AUGGACUUCGACGAGCAGGGGGCCAAGGUCACGGUCUUCCUCGUGUCGGGCCUGCUCCCGAAUGGCGGCAUCUAUCCCAUCACGGACGUCGACCUGAGCGAGACGGUCUACGACCUCAAGAGGACCAUCCGGAAGCUUUUCCAGAAGAAGCUCAGGGUCGGAGACAUCCGUCUGUUCAACGUCGCGACGAACCGGUGGCUUCCAGGACACGAAAGCCUCAGGGAUGGCCAGGAUGCGGACGACGUGGAGCCUAUUUCAGCGUACGACGUCGGCGACGAGACCGUCCUCCUCUUCGGCCUCGCCGACGACGGCGUCGUCAAGGGCAUCCCCUUCUACGGCGCGCACGCCGACCGCCGGCCCCCCCCCCGUGACGCCGGCGCGCACGCGGGCCUCGCGACGGCGCGGGCGCGCGGGAGCGCCGCCCCGCGCCGCGCCGCCGGGACCCCGCGCCAGCCGAUCUCCGCAGGCACGCCCCGGAGGCUCGCGACGCCGACCUCCGUCGCGGCGCAGCCCCUACGCGACGGAAAGAGGGCGCGCAAGUACGGUUGCAACGACGACGGGCAGACGUACAGCCGGGCGGGGACGUGGUCGCUGGAGGAGCACGAGGAGCUCAUCGCGGCGCUCGAGCAGCCGGAGAUGAAGGAGGCCGUGCGGCGGAUCAAACAGGGCAAAGCAACGAGGUUUCCGUGGGCGCGGCUGUGCGAGUCGUGCGCGCUCGACACCAAGUACAUGCGGAACGCGACCAAGUGCCGCGACAAGUGGCGGAACAUCGUGCUCACGAUCACGACCGCGAAGAAGCCGCGUGGCGAGUUUACGGACGACCAGAUGCAGCGGAUCAAGUACUUGAUCAGGCGCGGGUAUGACACUAUCGUUCCCCUGCCGCGGUCGGUGCUGGCCCUGAGGGACCGCGCGUUCGCCGACGACGACGACGCGACGGACGGGGCGUCCGGGGAGGAGGAGGAGGAGGAGGAGGGCGGCGCGGAGGACGAGGAGGACGACAGCGAGGGCGGCGUCGCGGCGGCGCGGACGCUGGCCGACGGUCUGGCACGUGGGCGCGGGCGGGGCGAGCUGCGGUACAGGGGCGCCGCGAAGGCGAAGGGGAGGAAGGUGGUGCGGGAGCAGAUCGACGAGGAGGAGGACGAGGAGGAGGACGACGAGGCCCUGCCCGCGACGCAGGUGGACGCGCUGGCUGACACCCCCCCCCCGUCGGGCGAGAAGAAGGCGGGUUCGGCGAAGAAGGCGUCGGCGAAGAAGAGCCCGAAGCCGACGCCGAAGCUCACCCGCGCGGGCAAGCGCGCCAGGGAGGCGGCGGCACACAGCGACAGCUCUUCGCAGGACGACGACUCGGAGGGUGACUGGCGGGCGAAGAAGAAACAAAAGGUGGCGCAGAAGGGAAAGAAAGGCUCGCGCAGGUAG